CGUGCACACACUCCUCAACUCUAAACAUUUAACAACCCAACCAAAAAUUAAAAAAAAUGGGUGAAGCAAAAGAGAUAUAUUCAGCCCCUAUAACACCUAGAUCAGGUACAGCCACCCCGAGAUCCGGCACGGUCACACCAAUGACACCACCAAUAACCGCCCCGCCAUCACAAUUUCAUUCCCCGUCUCUCUCGCGGUCACCCCUCCUCUCGUUUAACGAGAACGUCGAGCCUAUAAAUGGGCUUAGUGGGCCUAAUAAAACCCCUAAAGGGUCGAGGCCUAGGACACCGGUCCAGUUCAUAAGUCCAUUGGCUAGUCCACUUAGGAGGGCUAUAACACCUUUGGCUAGCCCAAUUAGGAGGGUUAUUACACCUUUUAUAACACCUUUGGCUAGCCCAAUUAGGAAAGCGAUUAGCAUGACUAAGCUUGACCCUCAAGAUGCAUGGCUUCCUAUUACAGAGUCUAGGAAUGGGAAUGCGUUUUAUGCUGCCUUUCAUACUCUUUGUUCUGGGAUUGGUAUUCAGGCUCUUGUUCUUCCUGUUGCUUUCACCGUCUUGGGUUGGACAUGGGGAAUCAUCUGUUUAACGUUAGCCUUCGUAUGGCAGCUCUACACCCUCUAUCUAUUAGUUCAACUCCAUGAAUCAACCGAAAACGGUGUCCGUUAUAGCCGUUACUUUACUCUAUGUAUUGCAGCUUUUGGUGAAAAAGCGGGGAAGCUAAUGGCAAUGUUCCCAUACAUGUACUUAUCAGCCGGCACGUGCGUACUUCUGAUUAGUAUAGCGGGAUCCACGUGCAAAAUAUUCUUCCAAAUUGUAUGUGGAGAAAAUUGCACUGCCAAGCCAUUAACCUUAACGGAGUGGUACUUGGUUUUUACUUGUGCUGCUGUGGUGUUAUCUCAACUACCAAACAUGAACUCAAUUGCCGGUGUCUCUUUGAUCGGCGCCAUCACUGCCGUCGCAUAUAUCACCAUAAUAUGGGCCGUUUCCGUUGCUAAGCAUACUCUGCCCGGCGUUUCCUAUGAGCCGGUCCGAUCUUCAUCCGUCAUUAAGAAUAUAUUUAGUGUCCUUAACGCGCUUGGAAUUAUUGCAUUUGCUUUUAGAGGCCACAAUCUCAUACUCGAAAUUCAGGCAACAAUGCCUUCAAGCGAGAAAAAUCCGUCAAGGGUACCUAUGUGGAAGGGUGUACAAUCCUCCUAUGUUCUUAUUGCAAUGUGCUUGUACCCUCUUGCAAUUGGGGGCUUUUGGGCUUAUGGAAACAAGAUACCACAAGAUGGGGGCAUGCUAACAGCCUUGUACCAAUUCCAUGGGCGUGACACAUCCCAGUUCAUCCUAGGGCUAACAGCCUUAUUCGUGAUUGUUAACGCCCUAACCGCAUUCCAAAUCUAUGGCAUGCCGAUGUUUGAUGACAUUGAAUCAAAGUACACAAUGAGGAAGAAGAAGCCAUGCCCGUGGUGGUUACGAGCAAUAUUCAGAGCACUAUGUGGGUUCCUAUGCUUCUUUUUCGCGGUUGCAUUCCCCUUCGUUGCAAGCUUUGCCGGUCUAAUUGGGGGGAUUGCUUUGCCCUUAACCUUAGCCUAUCCUUGUUUUAUUUGGAUAGUUUUGAAGAAGCCUAAAACUUAUGGUCCAAUGUGGUUCCUUAAUUGGGGAUUAGGGGUCCUAGGGAUGGUCCUUAGUGUGUUGAUGAUUGCUGCUGGCAUCUAUGUUGUUAUUGCUAAUGGGGUUGAGUUUCACUUUUUCAAGCCUCACUAAUAUUACAAAAUACAUAUGCAUCAAUAAGUUUGUGUAUGUAUAAUAUUUUUGUAGGUUUGGUAGUUAGGUGAGGGAGAAAAAACAAAGGUACGAAAUGGUCAAAUGAUGUUGGGUUUGCAAGAAUUGCAACGUAACUAUGUGAAUUAGUUUGUUGUUGAAUAUUGAUAAUUAGAGUUUGUAUCCAAAGCAUAUGUACGUAAUUUCAAGGUUGAAACAGUAAGUUCGUUUUAAUUUUA